AUGCCGACUGGCAAGUUGAAGAAAUUCGUCUCCGACAAGGGCUUCGGCUUCAUCACGCCCGACGAGGGUGGCGACGAUGUCUUUGCGCAUACCUUGCAGUUCAGCGGUGACGGUGACUCGCUCAGGGGCGGCGAGCGCGUCACGUAUGAGGCCGAGUGGGAUGACCGAAAGGGCAAGUACAGGGCUUCAUCCUGGGCUAUCGACAUGAGCGGUGGCAACGCAGUAAUGCACAGUGGAGUGCUCAAGAAGUUCUUCCCGGAUAAAGGAUUCGGGUUCAUCGAGCCUCAAGACGGCAGUGAGGACCUCUUCGCGCAUUCACGACAGUUCACAGGGGGUGAUCCCACGAACUUGACCGACGGCAUCAAGGUUAAGUACGAGGUGGAAUGGGACGCAAAGAAGGGCAAGAACAAAGCAGGAUCCUGGUGCCUCGACAACGGCGAGGGCUUCGGUGGUUUUGGGGGCUGCGGGGGCUGUGGCGGCUGCUGCGGCGGCUGCGGCUGUGGAGGGUGCGGCGGCUGCGGUGGCUGUGGAGGUUGCUGUGGCGGCUGCGGUGGUUGCGGCUGCGGAGGUGGGGGUUUUGGUAUGCCCCAGCAAGGCUUUGGAGGUGGCAUGGGCGGCUGUCCCCAAUACGGUGGCCAAGGCUUCGGAGGGCCUGGCAAUGGAUACGGCCCAGCCAGCACGCCUCAGAAUGACCCGCGCUUCUCUCCCUACGGAGCACCGCAGGGCGGCUUCGGAGGAGGCCAGGGCAUGAACCAGGGACCGAGCUCCUCCCUCCCUCCAGGUUGGGAACAGACCACCGAUCCAAACAGUGGGAAGACCUACUACUUCAACCGCAGCACCAACGAGACCAGCUGGACCCCGCCGGCGGCACAGGCAUCAGUACCAGCUCCGCAGGCUGCAGGCGCUCUGCCACCGGGCUGGGAGCAAGCCACCGAUCCCAACAGCGGCAAGCCGUACUACUUCAACAGGUCGACGAACGAGACCAGAUGGGAAGCGCCGACCAUGUGA